AUGGCAGGAAUAGCGAGAUCUGCACACCUCUUCUGCUCGACAUGUAAGACCGCCCUAGUGCGCCGAGAGGCGGCUCUAUCCGUGACCACGCAGCGUAAACGAUCAAACGGCGACCGCGUGCGACACUCGUCAUCGGCAUCGUCCACCAGCGGCACGUCGGAUGCCACGUCAAACAAGCAGCCCGAAGCCGCAAACAGCGGCAGCCCUCCACCCAACAAUGCAUCAACCGCUGCGAAGAAGCCGGAACCGGGGCCCAUGGCCCGGCGCCUCGAGGAAGCCACAGAAGAGGUCCUGCUGACAGGAGGCCGCGCAGGGCGGCGGGCGGUCGAGGAUGCCGGGUUCUCCGAGGAGCUCAAGGAGCGAUUAUUCGCCAAGGUACAGGACGCCAAGUUUCGCUCCGACCACGCAGCCGCCUUUGCCGAGGCCGACAUGCCGUCGUCUGCCGGCCGCGGCACUGCCCACUUGGUAUCGAGCGAGCCCUGGACCGGCCAGGAGAGCACCGGCGAUGCCGUCCUGCGCAUGCUCGACGAGGCGCGCAAGCCGCUGGCCCCCGGCCUGCGCGGAAAGCCCCGCCUGCCCGAUCUGAAACCCGUCGACAUGCGGCUUGCGCCGCGCGAUACCCGGACGUCAGGCCAACGGGCCGCGGGCGCUCGAGAGCUAGCGGCGGCGUACACGGGAAUGGGGCUCGGCCGGGAGGGCGAGCAGCAGCAGCAACAGAAUGGACUCAAUGAGCAAGAGCGCGAGGCCAUGCGCAAGGAGUUUCGCGAGCGGUUCCGGCCUGCAGCUCGGGCAAUGCCCAAUACCAUUACGGGCUUGGCAUCGCUGGCGAACGAGCGCAUCGAAGAUGCCAUUGCGCGCGGCCAGUUUAAGAAUAUACCGCGCGGGAAGGGAAUUGAGCGUGAUACGCGCUCGGAUAAUCCGUUUAUUGACACUACGGAAUAUAUCAUGAAUAAGAUGAUCAAACGGCAGGAUAUGGUGCCGCCGUGGAUAGAAAAGCAGCAAGAGCUUGUCAAAACGGCACACACCUUCCGAACGCGCCUGCGCAAUGACUGGAAGCGCCAUGCCGCGCGGACAAUUGCAAGCAAAGGCGGAUCGGUUCAAGCACAAAUGGCCAAGGCGCAACGGUAUGCCGAGGCCGAGCAGGUACAAAACCCGCGUCGGCGGGAUGUUGAGCAAAUUGCCGUGCCGACCAACACGACAGAUGAUCCCGUCAUGGCAAAGCUGCGAGAACAGCUUGCAACAGAGAUGGCUGCAGAGCUUGCGGAUAAGGAUGGCACGGCCGAGGGAGCUGCUGCUGUUGCUGCCAUCACUGCUGCUGUUACUGCCGACAGCGUCAUUUCCAGCAAAGAAGGCGACAUUGCGGCUGAUGCGCCCACGGCAACACCACAGCCAGUCACCACUAUAGACGAAACGCCGCUCCCGCCUCCAUUCCGCGACCCGGAAUGGCUGCGCACCGAGCAAACAUACAUGAACCUAUCGAUAGAAAACCUCAACACUUUGACGCGGUCCUAUAACCUCAUGGCACCGGCGCUGGCCAAGAAGCCGUACUUUUCACUGGAGCGGGAGCUCAACGCGUGCUACGCCGACGUGGCGCCGCAGCUGGCCGCCGCCAUCAAGGAGCGGGCGACGCGGCCGUUCAAGCCGGCUGCCGAGAGCGUGGGACACCGACCCGGCGGCAUCCUCGACCGGUUCAACGGCGAGACGCACCGUAGCAAGAUUUAUGAUUCCAAGACGCCUAAUUACGGCUUCCGUGAAAUGUGGAGAGAUUUAUUCAGGAAGGAGGCUUAG